AUGUGUUCCGUCGGUCCGUUGUUGAUCCGCCAUUUGGUUAAGUUAAUGAGCGUAUCAGUUUCGCGCUCAUCCCCAAGGACGCGAUCAGAUCACGAACAGACACUCCACUCGUUUAACCACCAUCCCCAAGCCCAAAGAAGGUGGCCCACUUCAAUUCACCGUCUAGGAGCUAUGUUUGCCACUCUCCCUUCACCUUCACCUCCCCAUACACUCACCUCGACCACCCCGCUCUACCUCUCCCGCCAGCCCCCUCAGGAUGCCAAUCGCUUUCUAUCACACGCCCUCUCGAUGCCACAAGGACAGCAGACGAACCAAGAACGCGUGACGAAACAACCCUCAUCGCCGCCACAAUCGCCCAGUCCCUUUGCGCAACGGUAUGCCUCACAAAUACGCAAUCCCGCCGCGCGCGUGGCCGGACGCGCUUCCCGCGACAUCAGACGAAACGCGUUUUUCAACCGUGUAAAGCGGAAUCGCGAGAGUUCCAUGUACAACGCAAGAGAAGAUAAUAUGCUGUAUAUAGAGUAUAUUGCUCAGAAACGGCGGUUUGAGGAAGAGAUGGCGCGCUCGGCGCCUGAAAUUAGAGAUGUGGAAGAUGAGAUGAUGGAUAUCGAAGAGCAUGAUCGAGGUAAAAUGGGUACUAAUGUGGGACGAAAUGAACAAGCGGGCGAUGGUAAGCUACGGAACAGUUUUGCUGUCAUCCCGUGUGCAUUGUUUUAG